GAUCAAGUGCGCAUCGUCGCUGCGCGCGUGUACGGUUCGAGACGUAAUUUUUGGAAACGCUUGCCUGCGGACUCGUGUGACGGCGCUUUCGGCCGGUUGGUGGGUUUGUUGUUUAUGUGCGUUUUCGGGAAAAUUGGGUGACUCGUGGGUAAUUGUGUGUGUGUGUAUGUGCGUGUGAGUGCGCGUGUGUGUGCAACCUUUCUGUCUUUCGUUACCGAGCCACACCGUGCGAGACGAGUGAAAAGUGCCUCCAUCCCACCUACGCAAAAACCCCACAACUUACGGUAGCGACAUCGAUUUGGCUGCCGGUUCAGAUGGCCAAAGAUUUGUUUUGAUUUCACCCGUGUGUGUAUAUGUGUGUGUAUGUAUGUGUAUGUACAGCGAAGGAAAAAGUGUGUCCCGAGCUCGAAGCGGUUUUUGGGCAAAAGCAAAAAGGAACAACAAAUGUGAUGUAGUGAGCAUGUGAGAGCAAGUGAAAAUCAGGAACGCCAACCGAGAAAAAGCCAGAAGGUGUGAAACGAAAGCUCGUUGUAUCUCAACUCAACAGUCUAGCUACCAGCGAACUUCUCCGCGAGUGGGCAUGGUUGUGCAAACCGUGCCGCAUCCGUUUGCUCUGCUGCUAAGCAACGCAAUCGGUACGCGUGGAUCGUUCUCUACUGGAGCAUCACAGUAGGCAUCGAGCGGAAGAGUCACCAAAGAGUUCCGCUUUUUCCCGCGUUUCAACCGGUGUGUGGAUGAAAAAAGCAUACAACAACGUCCUGUACCGGUCGCGAAUCACAUCAACACUACACGACGCAGCAUAACAAAAUGCCAGCAAGCGUAAUUGAGAGUUUUGGUAGAGUACUGUUGUAGCGUGUGGUGCACGUUAACAGUUAUUUGUUACCACCAGCAGGACCUACUACGUCCUAGUAAGAAUAGCUACCAGUACACGCUAGUUUGUGAUUUGUGCUGUGUUUUAUUCAGUUUCAUCAUAAUUCUAAUGCGUUCGCUGCUGGUUACGUGAAGAUCUGUUACAAUUUGAUUGAAUUCUUACAAAACCGUCCGCGAAUGUUGAAUAAUGCAUAACUGUGACAUGCUUAACAAGCUAAUCAAACGAUGAAACCCGUGAAAUCCAUUAGAUAAAUGGUACAACAGAACACAAACAUAUCCCAUCCGUAGAAGACUAUUCAAUGACACGCUAGGCUUGCAUUGGCAUUCCUUCCAAUAAACAAUAAUGGUCUCAAGGAUAGUGUAAGAACGAUAUCACAACUAACCCUCCUGCCGUUGGGAUAUCUUGCUUUGCGUCAGCUAGUUCAUCAGUGAAUUUCUGGUUCCCGUGAGCCCUGCACUGGUCGCCUGCCGUUUGCCGGUGGUGAAAGUGUACCAGCCGGACAGGAUCAUGUAUCCCGCCGUGCAAUUGGCGCCAAAGGAUAUGACGACACCAGCGGUGACGACGUUGCGGACGUCGGCAAUCGUACGAUAGGAACCUUGGAAUGUCCAGGUCCUAGGUCGUUAGAUGGAAUCCUAACCAAAAUGCUGGAUUUUUGUGUUAUUCGGUAGUGCAUGUGGCAAGUGUAGUAAGUGCUAAAGUGAGUUAUGUGUUAAAUUAAGUUGCAUAGAUUUAGACCAUUCCUGCUGGAAAGAAGAGCGCCACGAGAAGAAACCACGAACGAAUACCAAGCAACAACAGUGCACGUUUGUUAUAAAAGAAAUACCAAUAUUUUUGCCAUUGAGUGCCAGCAGAGUGUGCGUGUGUGCAUAGGAAAGAAUCACCUGCAAACGAUACGUAUUCAGGAAUAAUGGCCGCAUACGCUCAAUUUGGCUACACAUAUCCGCCGGCAAGUCAGCUGCUCGUUAGCGGAGGACAGACGACAACCGCAAGCUCCCAGUCACCGAUCUCUGCCACGAACGCGCCCUCGCUCAGUCCCGGUGGUUCGGCCACGGGGGCUCCGUCCGGUGCCCUCAGUCCCGGGGCCGUCUCGCAAACCUCGCAAAACAAUGCCUCCCUAGGUGGUGGCGGUGGUGGUGGCGGAGGCGGCGGCGGCGGCGGUGGUGGUGGACCCACGACAUCCUGCUGUGAGAAUGGCCGCCCGAUCAUGACCGAUCCCGUGUCCGGACAGACGGUUUGCUCGUGUCAGUACGACUCCGCCCGGUUAGCGCUGUCCGGGUAUUCGCGCAUUCCCACCGGAAGUGUCGGUGUGUACGGGACGCCUUACCCUUCGACGGAGCAGAACCCCUAUCCGAGCAUCGGUGUGGACAGUUCCGCCUUCUACUCCCCGCUGAGCAACCCGUACGCCCUGAAGGACAGUGGGCCAACAAGUGAUAUGACGGCGUGGACUUCCGCCGGACUGCAGCCAACGACCGGAUACUAUCCGUACGAUCCAACCUUAGCUGCCUAUGGAUACGGUGCCGGGUACGACCUGGCCGCCCGCCGGAAGAAUGCAACACGCGAAUCGACCGCUACGCUGAAGGCGUGGCUGAACGAGCACAAGAAGAACCCCUACCCGACCAAGGGCGAAAAGAUCAUGCUGGCGAUCAUCACCAAGAUGACGCUGACGCAGGUGUCCACCUGGUUCGCGAACGCCCGGCGGCGGCUCAAAAAGGAGAACAAGAUGACGUGGGAGCCAAAGAACAAGACGGACGACGACGACGACGCGAUGGUGUCGGACGACGAGAAGGACAAGGACGACCUCGAUCCGGACAAGGGUGGUCGUGAUCAUAAAGACAUGCACCACCAUCAUCACCAUCAGCAUCACGUCAAGUCCGAGCACGACAAGGACGAGGACGACGAUGACCUGACGGACGACGAGCGGAAGCCGGAAAACUUAAUGGGGCAUCCGGGACAUCUGGGGCAGCAUCAUCCGUACUACCACCAUUCGAUGCUCGGGGGACACCACCAUCAAACCCAUCUUCAUCAUCAGCAGCAGCAGCAGCAGCAUCCGCUGCAGCAUCAGCAGCUGCAGCAUCAUCCACAUCACGGCGGUUUGCUGAAGGGCGAUAUGGACCAUUCAAAAAACCAAACGGGCAGCGACUGUGGUGUGCCGAUUCCAGCCUCAAAGCCAAAAAUCUGGAGUCUGGCCGACACAGCCGCUUGCAAAACGCCACCGCCACACCACCUUCCGCUCCAUCUUCAGCACCACCACCAUCAGCAUCAUCCGCACCAGCAGCAGCAGCAGCUCCAGCAUCCGCACCAGCACCAUCCGCAGCAGCAGCAGCAGCAAUCGCAUCCUGCGCAGGGCCUGCACGGUUCCUGGAUGACCGGUACGAGCGUCGACUAUCACCCAAACCAAUCGCAGCAGGCGGCCCAUCAUCUGCAGCAGCAGCACCUGCAGCAGCAAUCCUCGCAGCAGACGCAGCAUCUCCUGCAACAGCAGCAGCAGCAUCAUGUGCAGCACCAGGGCAACAGCAAUGGGGCGAACAGUAUGAUGAUGAUCGGAGACGCCGGUUCGCCCAUGAGUAUGAGUAUGGGAAAUACCACCACCAACAACAGCAGCAGCAGCAACACCCCACCCAACAGCCAAGGUAUGGGGGGGAGUAUGGGCAAUGGUAUGAUGAGCAGUUUCGGGAGUACCCCCUAUUCCCGCUAUGGGGGGUUUCUAGCCGGAGCUCAACACUACAAUACUACCCUCAGCAGCAGCAGCAACAGCAGCAACAGCAGCAAUACCAGCAACCACAGCUCGACUACGGGUCCGGUCUUGAACCACCCUACAACGCCAACUUUGCAACAGCAGCAGCAGCAUCAAGGCAACAACCUCCAGCAGCAGCAGCAGCAGCAGCAGUCCCAGUCUAUGAACAGUACCCCGUCCCAGCAGCAACAACAGUCGAUGGGGUUUCCCGAGGUCCAGACCGACACGCCGCCCCAAACUCCGCCGAAUAUGAAGCUGCCCAGCAUGGCGGCGAACCUUCUUACAACCCCUACGACCGGUACUUGCUACAGUAGCACCAACGGCUCAACGCCCAACACGGCUAGCGGAAAUGGUAGCAGCAACAACACCAACAACAACAAUCCAUCCACUGCUAAUAACAAUGCGGGAGGCUCGAGUAGCGGGUAUGCCUCAUCUCCGGAUUCAAUGUCGCAGCAAGGAACGGGCGGCUACUAUCGCAUGCAGCAACAGCAACAGGAGCAACCGGAUGGCUUUAAGCCGUUCUUUAAGAACUCAUCGCAAGUCGGAAACGGUUACGUAUCACCGGUUUGAGCUCACUGAAUUUUCUGGACCUGGAGGAUCACCCGCAGAAUAAUAAGAUAUCGAUGUGAACCACGAGUCACAAGUAGUCAACAAUUGCCACAAAAUUCGGAACAGCAUCCAGAAGCAGCAACAGACAGAAGUUUACCACAAAGAGACAGAGAGAGAGCUUGUAUCGAUCGAAACCUUCCCUCCACGAACGACGGGCGGAAAAUCCUCCCACCCCGCGCGUGACUUUGAUAGUCAGAUGUUGUUUUUUGUGGAUUAAUUCGAAGCAGAAAAGAAGAAAAAGACCGAGUGCGUGCCUGCAUGCCUUUCGCCGCGAAUGUGAGCGACAAACUCGCCGACAUUUGGAGGAACAUUAUCCAUCAUCGCUGGAGGAAAUGGCACAACAUAUGAUCCAUGGAGCUACUACUCUACUAAUGCAAACAGUACACAGCAUACGUUUAAUGAAUGACGCCCAUCACUUCGUACGUAACAAAGGAAUGCUCACAAGGAUAAGAAUCUGGCAUGAUGGAUGCAGUGGACAACAAAGAAGCCUCCUUCGAACGUAUACGACACCUGAAGGUGAAGAGACGAUUGCGUACAAUGCACCUGCGAGCGAUGCAGUCAACAAGGCAGACACAGAAACUUUCAUUAUGUUUAAGUAGAACGUAAAGCAUAGGAGUUGCUUGCAACAAAUUAUGAAGGAGUUAGGGAAUGUCCAUACACGCUGAUCGAUAGUUAAGAUCAUACAGACACGGGCUAAGUGCAACUAGAGAAAAUCAAUCGAAAAGGAAGGAACUACAAUGAAUUUCAAUCAUGUCGAACUGCUGAAUUGUGGUCGCAAGAAAGUAUGAUCUAAAAUCGAACACUUCUUUAGCAACACACUCAACAAUAUGCAGUGUUGUAACUUCAGUUUAUUUAGAAAUUGCUAAAAAGAGCGACGAUGAAGAUGACCUCUGCAGUUGCAAUAAUACGUGCAAUUUUACACGCAUAAUAACAAACCACAAACCUAAAGCAACCGUUUACCGAAUUGUUCGACUGUAACAGUUUUGAUGUAAAAGCUCCAAUAGCGUUAGAAUAUGAAUGCAACAUCAACUCCUCUUUUACAAACAGAUCUCUCACAUUCAUUCGAUCGUAACAUGCACUAGGUCGAGUUCGAGUUUCCACAAGCUUGUACCAUUUGUACUUGGGUGGAAAAUGCGGAUCAGUUCGUACCAAAAUUCACGAAGAAUAAUGUUCAACACAAACAAAACAAAAACAAAAACAAAACAUCUUCUUCUGAGAGACGUAUUUGUAAUCUGUGAUAAAAAUGGGAAGGAACAUUGAGAGCAAACCGCGCUUGGCAUUACAACCCUGAAUAGUGCGAGGGAAGAGUGAAAAGGCUAGCAAACAGGCAAAACUGGUCCGCAUAAUGCACGGUUGCAUUAUAAUAGCAAUGAGUGUAGAUUUUGCUUUUUUUCUUUGUAAUUUUUCUGUUUCUCUCUGCGUAAAGAGUAAUCGCUGCAAAAAAUUGUGCUGCAAAAAUGAUUGCAAUAAGCACAAAAUGAAUGAAAAAAGCUGUUGUUUUGGUGGAAACAAUAAUCCCAUUUGUACUUUUGCAUCCGCUCGGAUCCGUUACGGUUUAGGUAUGUUAAUAUAUGUAGGUAAAAUUUAACCGAGCAAUUGAAAAGAAAAAUAGACGUGUUGAAGAUGCAGUGCAACGACCGACUGCACCCUGUAGCACACACACAGCAAUGAAUCCUUUGUAAAUAGUUAGAAGAUUUGUGAAGAGUCCAAAAUUGUCGACCGUUCAUAGCAGAACAGAUAAACCGGUAAUUGAGAUCAGCAUAGCUAAACAGUUUGUACUGAACUCAAGCCGAUGUGUAAAUAGAAGGAAACGAGUACUGUCUGGACAUGGAAAUACGCGAAACCACGAUAACCAGCAGUACAGACGAUUCGAUAAUGUUGUAAAAAUUAAGUAAACGGGGUACGAUGUGCUAUAAGGUAUCGCAAAAAGGUAUAGAAAAAUUAAUUUAGUGUCAAGAAUAUUUCUGUUAAAAAAAACUAACACGAGCGCGACGGCAUAACACAUAUGAUGCGUUAGUACUGUAAAAUUAUCUACUUUUAUACAGUUGUAUCACACUAGAGGGAUAACAAAAAAUAUGCAAAGACGGAUAAUGAACACGAGAUGCAUAACUAUCUAGACAAGGCAAGGCAUAAACAUCUACACAUUGCAUUACGAAACACUUUGUACGAAUGAGGGUUUACUAUUUCAUUUCGGGGUUUCAUGUGCAAAACGUGACUACAGUUUCCAAUCAUGCAUUGCGCAAUCGAAAACGAGAAUCAUACGUUCUUAAACACAUGAUGUCGUCCUUAAUCACGUCAACUGUGCACAUUUGUCCUGGCACAGUGAAAGCAUCUAAAAUUAAACUCAAUCAAGAUAGUAAAACGAUCGAUACAGAAACAGUUCGCAAGCAGGCGCAGCUGGUGAACACAUACAUAUUUGCACGAUAGUAUUACGCACGUUUGAAUACUUCAGUACGGGAGACAUCAGAUAAAGGCAAGGAAUCAGUUCUUUUGCACGCAGUAUCGCAAUAUAUGUAUAUCAAGUACGCAUUAUAUCGCAUCAUCAUGAUCAUCAUCAUCCUCAUCAUCAUCACCAACACAACCCAACAAACAGUCAAUAGAAUCGUCAACAGUAUACACAAUGAAUUCACGCGACCCCCUCUACGUAUCCCGAAAAGGCAGUAUAAAUUAUAUAUAUACAUAUAUGAACAUAUAUUUAACGGAUGAAGAAAAUAUAGAAAAUAGAAGCGAAUAUGAAAAAAUAA